UCUAACAAUUUCCAAAUCGAAUUUUCCCACAUGGAGCUCGAAAUUUUUCCCCGAAAUUGGAUGUCGAUCAGUUAAAUUCGGACGAACAUAAUAAUGGACGAAUAUUGUUUAGGUUUUUGCUAGUAAACGAUGUAACAUGAUUCACAUCAACCUUUAAUUUAAAAAUAGAUUGCUAAAAUUACCACCGUUAUGUCAUCGGCCUUGCCUAGUUGCACUUGGAACCGUUUAUCUUAUGACAUAUUUGGGAAAAGGGAAAUUUCUUCUAUCAUUGACGUAAAAAAAUAUUUGAAGAUUUUUCUCAAAGACUUAAAUACGGGCAUCAUUGACGUAAAGAUAAAAUGUAAAAAUGUUUCAAGUGUUUUAUCAAAGAGUAAAGACGGAACAUCAGCCCUAUGGGCUGCUUUUCUUCUAACCUACCUACGACGACGUCAUGUAGCAACAUCUGUUAGAAUAUCAUAUUCCAGAGGUAAUCUCCUUUGUCACAGUUCUUAGGCAGCAGUUUUAAACGAUGUGAGAGGAAAAACUUAUCCAUAGGGUUCUUACUGAUCACUUGUCGGAGAGGAUUGACGAAAGCCAUGGCAGACGAGAAAGAACGACAUUGUUUAUCAUGCCAGGAAAAAGAUUUUCUAAUUAUGGCCUGUAACGAUGACUGCCAUCAUCUCUGCCUUCAAUGUUUAUCACUAUGGUUACGAUCAAAGACAAACGAGCCAGAUUCAUUCAAUUACCAGUGUCCAUUGUACGACGAAUGUCACUCUAGUUUCGACCCAGAUACUGUCAAUGACAUUCUUGUUCAACUCCCGGACAACUCGCAAGGGGUAACAUCGAAGGACGUCCAGAAACUAAGCGUGAAUUCUGCAGUCAGGAGUGAUAAAAAAGUUUCAUGUCCAAACUGCGCCUUCUUUUGGACCGAGGAUGAAGAUUUUGUGGAAUUAUUCGCAAACUGCUCCGCUUGCAAGACGGCAUUUUGUUUGACAUGUGAACAUAUUCUGGGUCCGUACAGCCAUCUUGAUCACGUGUGUCCGCUAGAUAACAACAGCAAGAAUGAACGCAAAGCGGUGGCAGAGAUUCUCAGUGAAGCAUCGACUUUUAAAUGCAAAAAUCCGAAUUGUGAAUAUUCACGCGCGGGUACUUGUAUGGCAAAGCAAGAGGGGGACUGCAACGUCAUAAGAUGUUCAAGCUGCAAGAUCUACUACUGCUAUAUUUGCAGCAAGAGUCUAGGAUUUGGGAAGAUAAGAGCUCAUGAGAGUUUUCCACAUGAAAAUUCGCUUAUUCCUGGGGCACCAAACUGCUGGAUUUUUGACGAAAUCGCGUUCAAUCAUACGACAGAAGAAGCAUCAAAUCUGAGAAAACUCCAUCAGUUAUCGAAGUAUUUUAGUUCACUUCCAAUUAGCAAGAAAGCAAAGCAAGUUGUUCUUGCUCAGUGCCGGGAUCUUGUCGGGGAUUUGAGCGAGAAGAUUGUUCUAGAACUGAAUGAAUCUACCGUAAACAAAUGUACGAUACUUUGACGAUGAUAAUUGAUGAAAUUUAGCUCGACCUCAUCCAAUAAUCGCUCUUUAUUUCACUCAGUGCACUUAUACAGUGAGCACGAAACUCCAAAAAUUGAUGGAAGAUGAAAAAAUUAACAAAAUGAGAAAUCAAAGUAAAUCCUUAUCUCUCCCCAGUCUCUUGUGAGAGUUUCGUUUGCUUGUCAGCGUAGAAAACAAUUUUUCCCGCCAUUCGUAGACUUCUGCUACAUAAAAUGGCACACGCGUCGUGGGCGAAAAGAGCGGGAAAAUUGUAGGCCAAUUUUCUAGGACACUACAUUUUCCAGCUGUCGUUACACAUGUCAAAUUGUAAUUUUAAACCAAAACUCAUGAUGUAUUUGAUCAUUUUGUUCCCGCUUUUGCUCAGCAACCUUAAUUGGUAUUUUCCCAGGACUCCUAGAUACAAUUUUAAACGAUACACAUUACGGAGGCAUAAAUCUGGUAAACAAACGAUUAAGGAUUUACUAAAUAUCAACUUCGAAAAAAUCCCGAGUGUGUGUACAGCGCUAGGGGGAAAAGAGUCUUGUACCCCGAAUAGAUCUUAAACUAAAAGUAGCGUGAUUUUCAGUUAUGAGUGAGAAAACUUAAUAAAUAUUAAGGUGACGUGAAUAUAGAUUGGAAUAAGGCUAGAAUAGAGAGCAGAAAACUCGAUAAAUAACGGCCUUUCGUUAUAUAAUAUGACUAAUGAUGUUAUUGACGAUUGGCCAAAUAUUUACGUGUCGGCUAUAGUCACGUGAUGCGUAAAAUGACAUAAGACCUAUGGAGAAAGCAAAGCAGGAUCGAAAGUCAAAACAUUUUUUUUCACAUUGAAAAAUAAAAGAAACUACGAAGAUAGUAAUAUCUCAAAUCUAUUUAAAGACUGUAAUAGUGAAGGGGAAGUACAGUCGUAUUUUCUUAUAAAAACUACUUUAUGAAUCUCAAUACGAAAAUAUUGGAAUUAUAGUAUAUUGUGUAUAUGGUUGCUAAGUAAAAAUCCAACGAAAUUUGAAAGCUUAUUUUUAAUCAAAUUGAAUAAAUAUUACUCUCUUGUUUUUGAAAUAAGCUUUGUUUUACGUUUAUUUAUGGUCUCCUUAAAUGAAUUUUUGCAAAGCCAUCUUUUACUGAAUUGUGAGACUGCCUCAGUCCUAGGACUAGCUGGGUCAAAUUUGUUAUCCGUUGUCGGAUAGUAGUUAGAUUGGGCCGAUGUAAAGACAUUCGAUGGACAAAUAUAUUAAAGAUUAAUCGCAGGAAAAAUAA